UUUGCAACAUACCAUGGCUGUGUGAGCUGCCUUUCCAACCAAAUUCCUAACACAACCAAAGCAUUGUGUAAGAUUUGCUCAUGCCCCCAUUUAUGUGCAGAACUUUGCUCUCUCUCUAAUAGAACUGUUUAUGGUGCUUGGAUGGGUGCGCUUUAGUUUUUGUUCUCCUUUCUACUUUUAAGGCAAGUCUUUUUCUCCACUAAUUUCCCAGAAACCUUACCCGGAUUCCUAGCUUAUAGCGUAUGUUUUAGGCAACAUAUCUAUGGCCCUUUGUCUUGCUUUCUCAUUAUAUGCCUUUGCUUUUGGAUUUUUGAGAAUGUAAAAUCUUACCUUAGUGGAGGAUUUUGGUUCCUUAAUUGGGUUAUUUUCUUUAGGACUCUCCUUGUUUUUCCUUUGUCUUUUUUUGGAGUGUUUGUGUUUGCUUGCAGAAUAGAUGCUUGUUAUAUUAGCUCAUUGAUGGGUUGGUUCUAAGUGAAAUUCACUGGUAAAGGGAGGGGAGAAAUUUGUACUAGAGCAUUAAGAUCUAGAUUAGUUGUUCUGGGAAUGUGAAUUUUCUGCCAAAGAUGGUAUUUUUCAGUGGGUUAGGAAUUGGUUUGAGCGCAGUCUUUGGUUUCCUUCUUUUAGCACUUGUUGCAGAGCUCUACUAUUUGCUAUGGUGGAAGAAGAAAAUCACCAACAGAGAAGUUGAAGAUGAUGAUAAUAGCAGCAACUAUGCAAAGGAAUUCUUUCACUUAAUCUGCUGGAAGAAAUCCUCCUCUUCGCAAAUUGACAACACCAUUCAAGAUAGAGUGAGAGACCCAGAAGCUUAUAGCCAAGAACCAGACUUGGAAUUAGGCAGAAGCAAGGAUUUGCUUCUAACGGCUUUUGAUGAAGAAAGUGUAGAAUCAGAGCUCAUGAGACUGCACGGUCUCUCAGGCCCACCAAGAUUUCUCUUCACAAUCAAAGAGGAAACAAAGGAGGAUUUGGAGUCUGAAGAUGGGAAAUCAAAGGGUGAUAGGGGCAGAAAAGGGUCAAGAACAAAAAGUUUGAGUGAUCUUACAGUGGCUGUUGACACCCCGUUCCUUACCCCUUUAGCUUCUCCACAUUUAAUGUCUCCCUUAAAUCCUUUGGAUUCUUAUCAUCGCUAUGGAUUCAAUCCUCUCUAUGAAUCAAUGGAGGCAGAGAUUAGCAGGCUGAGAUCUUCACCACCUCCAAAAUUCAAGUUCUUGAGGGAUGCAGAGGAAAAACUGUUUAGAAGACUAAUGGAAGAAGCUGGAAAAAGGGCAGCUAAAACCAGUACUUCUGCUCAAGAUUCUUGGGUUGAAAGUUCUAAUUCAUCAAUGAUAACAGAGGAGACAGAGGGUUCUUUCCUGGGCUUCAUUGUUAGUAAAAACAAGGAAAGAGAUCUUUUUCAUAAUCUCCCACAUUAUCCUUCAAGCUCAUCUCAGGUACUCCCAUUGGCUUCUUCACCUACAACAUUUAGACCAUUAGACAAGAAACCCGCUGUUCAUUAAUUUAAUUUGUUUUAAAUUAACAUGAAAUGAAUCUUAUUUUUGAUUUUUUUUCACUGUUAAUUUAUCUUACAAAAUUAGUACUUGUGCAUUGAAGUUCUGAUU